UCGACUUAAUCCAAAACUACAAAACCAGUGCACCGCCAGCUGUGUUUGUUGGGGCGGACGACAGUGUGCCUGCGGCAAUGAAGACCGGGGAGCUUUGUUAUUUUGGGGUUUUAUUCGUCCUGUUAGCCUUCGUGCACUACUGUGAAGCGCAGUACGAGGAUGUGCGCUGCAAGUGCAUCUGUCCGAGCACUGCAGUGGUCAAGGGCUCCCAGACCAAUCGCAAGCUCUACAUCAUGAAUGUACCUCCACAGCGAUGCAACUGCGAAGGGGUGAUCCUGCCCCAGGCGAAUGACAUCAAGGGCCGGGAGAGUGAGUUCUGUCCGCGCUGCAAGUGCCGCUACGAGCGCCGCAACACCACCACCAUCCGGGUGCUGGUCAUCCUCAUCAUCUGGGUCAUCUCCCUGCUUUCGGUCUACAUGCUGUUCCUCAUGUGCCUCGACCCGCUGCUCAACCGGCGCAAGGCUGCUGCCUCCGCCUACCAGGAGCACGUUGACGAAGAGCUCAACCUGGAGGAGCCCCUUCCGAUGCACCAGCAGCGCACUCGUCGCUCGAGCAGCAGCGUGCUCAACAAGGUGGGCCAGCAGCAGGACAAGUGGAAGCGGCAGGUCCAGGAGCAGCGCAGGAACAUCUACGACAAGCACACCAUGCUCAACUGAGCACUGGCAACUCGGCGAGGUUUCUCUUUUUCGGCCCCCAGCUGGACGGUGGCUAAAUUGUAUACUGAGCCUUUCCUGUCCACUCUCAAGUGUCUCUUUUAAGCCCAGAGUACGAUGGAAUCUUGUCAGGUCGCGCUGAUACGUGUUAAGCAGCAAAGAAAAACACCGACCACAAUAGCUGGUGCACUGUAAGCGUUUCUAUAUAAGACACGAUGUUAAAGGGACACUAAAGGGAACAACCGGUGCAAUUUAGACGAAUAAUGUAUGUUUUCUAAAUUUAUUUUCUUUGAUUUAAUGGUGAGUGGUUGAUUACUAAAAGAAAAAAUUGAGGCCAAGCUUUCAAUUUUUAUAUUUUACACGAGAACCCCGCACUGGUAGUCAGCAUCAUGUCGUAGAUUCUAAAGCAUUUUCUUGAGUUUGGGCCUUUAUCAAAUUUUUCGAAACUUGCCAGCUUCAGAAUGUGGCUCCUUUGGAAGGCAAUCUAGUCCAUCUUUAAGCAUAAAAGUGAACUGGACCCGAGUUAGGCAUCUUCAAAAUCUAAGAGGGCAGGAAUUUCAAGGCACGGCACACCAUUUUCGCAUUUUUGGUGUUAUAGAGGCAGUAUACAUUUAUUAAUACAGUUUAUUUUUCUCUUUAGUGUUCCUGUAACAGGGAGCAGGCACAUGAUAACAGGCAUGCAGUAAAAGUUUUAUUGUGCAUCUUUAUCUGGAGUAACUUAACAUCCGGACUACAGUUGGCGUGCUUAACUGGAACUAUGCUGAUUUUCCACUGGUGUAGAACAAAUGUCUGGGUCCUUUCCCAAGUUUGUACUUAAAAGGACUGCUUUAUCACCUCUACUACUGCUCUAAAUCGGGCUGUCGUGUGACAGCAAAAGUGUCCACUUUACUAACCUUAUUCAUCGGUGUUUUUCUUUUUUAUUUACCAAAGAUCUUUUGUUGACAAGUUAUAGGAGGGGCUGUAGAAUCUGACUAUUAUCACGCACAUUAUCCUCACAAGGAUGUUCUGCUUGCAAGAAAACCUUUCCUUUGUGAAAACAGCCAGGUACAACACGCAGUGUUUAAAUUUUGCUGCGCUCACCGUUACCCUGUGUUGUUCUUCCAGUGCAAGUGAAAUACUGAAUGUCCAGCAAACAGGAGCAUGGCGUGUCCAUGACGUUAGGUUUUUAAACUGCUUUAUUAUUAGCACUGAUACCUUGCACAGUUGUAGCAUUUCAUGGUUCUGGCGGUUUCAUACUGUUUAAUAAUUAGACUUGCAUAUUUGGUUGCUAUAAUAGUUACACGUCCAUUUUGUCCAGAAUAAAACAGUCGUAUGUGUCGUCUGUGACGUCAACGAGAAGAGAAAUUUAUUGCAAUGGAUUUAUGGUGCUAUUUGUUGUUGAGAUGAAACACUGCACUAUCAGCAUAAAUUCAAAUGCAAACAAGUCUGAACACACUGAACCAUGCCAAGCAACAUGAAAAGUCAAAGUGGCCGCUUGGGCCAGCGCGGGGUGGCAGUUCGCAACGUAUGAUGAGGGAACGGUCCCACAGUUCCAACGCAACAGUGGGGUUACCAAUGCAUUGGGUUCUAUGGGAGCUGUGCUGGGACUGGCCGAAAACGACGUAACAGCCGGGAAAACGCAGCACCCGGGAACGUAACAGCGGGGUUCUACUGUUGUACUAAAAUGCGAGAACAGUGAUGUGCUACAGCUAUGCAAACUUUGAGUGCAGUAAAGCUAGCAGAUUAGCCAGAAGGGUCAUGCACUUCUGGCACUUUUAUUUACUCGGCAUUUGGCACCUGUUUCUUCAAGCACUCUUGCAGUAAUCCACAGACUGUGUGCCUGUCUCACAACAAUGUCAGAUCCGAACACAGUCGCAUGCCCUUUGUCACUACAGCCUGCCAACAUGCACAUGUUUAUCCACCUAGCCAUGUUUCUAUGUAUCCUGAUUUUUCAAACCCCCACGUUGACUGUAGCAACUUAUGGGACCGAGCUAGUUGCUGAUUUAUGAUGCAAAUUCACAGUGCAGAAACUAGACAAGGAUUGGAAUAAUACAGUGUAAUCUUGUUGAUACGAUCUUCACGGGAACCAGAAAAUCAAACAUAUCUGAAAAUCGAAUUAUCCGAACACAAUCGUAUAUAAAAAAAAAUGCUAUAUAUAAGAAAAGAAAAUAUCCCGAAAAAUGUAUUAUGCAGAAUUGUAUCGACAAGAUUCCACUGUAGUAGGGAAUUGCUCCACUUGUCUUUGUUUGCCAUCCCUGUCCAGUAUCCCUGUUGUGAAUUUGCAUUCCAUCUUGAGUUUAUGUAUUUAUUUUUUUGAGUCUGAGAAACUGUGAAAACGUGUUGUAACCAGUGGCUGAGCAGAGACUGCCGGCCCUAAAAUAGCCCGUGUAUUGAAUGUCAACAUGCGGCAAGGUUUCUCCAGAUGUACAUAGUGUAAGAUAAGUGCUUGCGAAUGCAUGAUAGACAAAUCCAUGUUUUUUCUGUUACAGUCGAACCUUGUUAUAACGAAGUCACAUCUGACACAGAUAUACUUUGUUAUAUUCAAUAUUCGUUAUAAGCAUAGAUGCAGAAGUUGUGACAAAAAUUUCUGAGAAUGCGUUAUAUUGAGGUCUGACUGUAUGUGGAUAUUCAAAUAUUUCAUGAUUUCUAAUAAUCACCUGCAUAAAACUGUCGGCAGUUUCUCUUUCUACCAAUGGACACCGAUGCCUGUGAAGUAA